AUGUCAGGCGCAGAGCUCGGCCUGGCAGUUGUCGGCACUGUUGAUCUUUGUUUCAAGUGCGUAGCCGGCUCGACGGCCCUGCGAGGCAGAGCGCUAAUGAGAUCCCCAGGCGCGCUCUCUCUUGCCGGUCAAUGGAAACGGAUCUCCUUGCAGCUACAGUUCCUCUGGGAGAUCUGGUCCAGUUUGGACGAGGAGCAUCAACACCUGCAUGACGAAAUCCUGCAUUUACUAGUCCAAAAGCUCCAGCACGCCGUCUUGCAGAUCAGCAAGGUCGAGACAGGACAUAACAAAAGUGGCUCGGGCCGCCUGUCGCGUCUGAAGCAAUGGAAAUAUGCAUUCACAUUGAAGGAAUGCCUCCACAGCGCGAUCGACGACCUGAAAGAAUGGCAAGCCACCUUUGAUCCGUCGUGGUAUCUGAUCAUCCGCGUGGUGAGCCCGCUCAUCGACGUGGAGCGGGCCAGGCCGAGACAGCCAUCAGAGACGGCGCUUUCGGUCGCGAAUCGACUUCGACAGGCUUUGACCACGAAACUGCAGCCCAACGAGCGGAUUUUCCUCCCGGUGUCGGGGAUUGCCAAGUUCUAG